GCGGCACACUGACAGGAAGGUGGAACAGAGGGAGGAAAGCAGGGGGAUAGUGAGGUAUAGUGGUGGCGGUUCUUCGGUGGGAGAAACGGUAGACCCGGGCAGUCGAAGCCGGGCUGCCUGCCCGACGAUACGGUCGCUCUGUUGGGGUGUCGUGGUAAUUUGUCUCUUUUUUUUUCCUCUGCACGCAAGCUGAGCUUGAUAUCGCCCGUUCAGGAGGUCGGUUUCCCUUCUCUUUCUCUCUCUCUGUCUCUCUUUCUAUCUCUUUCCCUCCUCUUUUCUCUCGCUUCCGGCGCGCACGUCUGUCGGAUCGUGUCUUACCGGGAGGGGAAAAAGUGGGCGCGCUACCUGUGUCAAGACAAUACCGGAGAGCACGUGCAUCCGUGCGAAAGGGAGCCGAAGAGCGCGCUCAAGGGAUCGUACACGCAUCCCUCCUACCCCCUUUUGGAAGCUCGUGCUGCCGACAAGUAACAGAAUCGCGUGACAGCACGAACCGGAACAGCACUCAUGUCGCUUUGAAGAAUGACGGCCGUCACAAGAGAUGCUUUCGCGGCAGGAGGGCGAGCCGCAUCACGGCUCCAUCUUAGACCAAUCAAGAUUCUGCAGUUCUAGAGACAUCAAGGAACUGUUGUGAGAUCGACGCUUACGAAUCAAUAGCAGGCACGGGCCUUUAUGCAUGAAAUUCAGCACCAGGAAGUGACGUGAGAGGUGCAACUGGGAUUUAGAAAUCCCCCGUCUCCUCUAUUAAGAAUAAGCGGGAUCGAAGCAGAGUCGUCAGGAUGUUGCGCAACAACGUAAUGUCCUUCAUGAAGAAGAUGGGAAUGACGCAACAGGAAACCGGUGCAUCAGGUCCAGUCACGCCGGAGGAAGGUGGAAAAACUUUAAGCAAGUUAUUGCAGCUGGGAAACAUCAUAACGGCGGGAAACGUGACAAAGCCGGCCAAGGUCACUCCGGUGGAGGACAUUCAGCCCAAAGAGGAUUCCACCACAAUUGAAUCUCUGAAACCAAAGUCAGAAACGGGCGGCAAGACAAGCAGCGGAGACGACUGCAGGGUAUGCCGGAAGUCGUUUGGCCCGGAGGAAGUCUCGCGAACUUGUUGCGAGUGUCAACAUAAGGUCUGCGAGGACUGCGCCUCGUAUUCGACGACAACGAAUUCCGACGAUCCGUCUUCCUGGCGAUGUAGCGUUUGCCGUCGAAAGAUUGCCUCGAGGGACCAGCCGAUAGUGACACAAGAAUCUACAGAUUCGAUGCUAGAUGUGCCGUGUUUGGAAACUCUUCACAGGAGGCACAGCGACGCCCGACUCGGUCCUUCUGGAAGUCAGAUAGGUGCACUUGGAAGUGGAUUGGCUCCACCGAGAAGUCCAGAAAUUCGAAGGCAUUCUGAUGUUUCGCCAGCUAGUCUCAAGGAAUUAGAGAAGUUUCGAAAGGUUGCAGGAGAACGUCAACGAGAGGAGCUCAGAUGGGAGCGCGACCUGGACCGGAAGAGCAAGUCGAGGGGCGGCUCGCCCGAUCGCCAUCAAGCCUCUGAUAGAGGGAGAGCGACCAGCCCUCAGAGAGUCGUCAUGCCGGCCCAGACGGGCGCGAUCGAGCAGGAAGGCGGUGAUCCGGACGACGAGGAGGAACGUCGUCGUCGCGCUCGUCGUGGAGGCGGUACGGUUCGCCGUAAAUCUCGUGUGACCAGGCAAAGGUCUUAUGACGAUGAAAUCAAAACGGCCGCGAUGGCUGCCGGUGGGGCGCAGCCCACGCAUCCUGACACCGGCCUAGGACUUCCGGUUCAAUUACCAAGGCGAGCGUCUGCCUACGACGUUUACGCUGUGCCCGGAAGUAGCGGCCUUAACGCAAUGGCCAUCGCCGCCGCCCAACAGAGAGCCUCCAUUUCGGCGCAAGGCACCCGAGAACCUGAAGAACGGCCUCGCAGGUCGUCUUUCCGCGCCGUGAAACCGGUGAUGCCAUACGACGUCGCGGCCGACGAUGAGAAGAUGAUUAAGCUAGACUCGUCAUCUGCACCUGCGGUUGCACCGCCUGUGUCCCAACCUGUUCUUGUACCCGACGAAGAGAGGCGCAAUCGACGAAGAGGCUCCCAAUUACCCGACAUAAACGCGAUAAGAGCGUUAACUUCGGCUCAACCAGGAGCGGCAAAAGGUGCCCCUGCAGCGGCAGUUAGCAGAGUUGCAGCUGAAGAACGCGAAUUGCCUAGGCAGGGAAGUCUGGUCGACGGGGAAGGCAUCAAAAUCGUUAUUCAUGAUGUCGAUAGUGAUCUUGCUCCCCGGAUGAAUGCGAAGAGAAGGGUAAAGCUGAGAAGAGAUCCAGUUAUGGAUAAAGGACACAGAACGCGUGGAUUUGGCAUGAGGGUGGUAGGCGGCAAGACCGGGUCGGACGGGCGCACCUUCGCGUGCAUCGUGUGGACUGUGCCGGGUGGCCCCGCCGAGAAAGCUGGCUUGCAACAAGGCGACAAGGUGCUAGAAUGGUCCGGCGUGUCUCUGAUCGAUCGGAGCUUCGAGGAGGUGCAGCAGAUAAUCGAACGGACCGACGACGUGGCGGAAUUGGUGGUGGAGCAUACGACCGAAAUUACCGGAGAUUUGCUGGACGAUCCGCAAGCCGGAAAAACACCUACAAAUUUGGGCCUGCUCAUGGAAACCGAAACGGACAAAGCGCCCUCGUCGCCGACGCGCAGGAAACUGCCAAAGACGCCGGAACAAAUAGCAAAGGAGAGGCAGGUGACCGGUCGAAUACAGAUCCAGGUUUCGUACGAGGCAGAACGCAAAGAAUUGGUCGUUUCGGUUUUUAUGGCCGACGACUUAUGUACGCGGGAAGACACCGGAUUCGGCACCUUACCGGAGGCUUUCGCAAAGCUUAUCCUUGCUCCGCCAUCCGGCGAGGCAGCUCCGCUGAAAACUAUCGUAGCUGAGCCGACCCAGAAACCCAUCUGGAACGCUACAUUGUUCUUUACUGGAGUUGAUGGCGAGAGCCUGAUGGAACGUGUGAUCGAGGUGACUCUUUGGGAUUACUGUCCCGAUGGCGAUAAUGUGUUCCUUGGUGAAUGCACUGUCGAUGUUCAGCGAGCGCUUGAAAAUGACAGAGCGGUUUGGUAUCGAUUGGAGGAUCCACGUGGACUUCGAACGGGCAAGUCGCCGUAUUGCUCGCCUCGCGGCUCGGUAUCGAUGGAUGUCGCUCAGAGAUUGUUCAGGAAAGAGCUGCGGGAUCGUAGCUACAGCGACGAUACGCAGAGCGACAGCGGCAGCCCGGAGUUCUGCUUUCUGCAUCCGGAUCAUGCCUGGCACAAUUCCAGACGCGGUUCCAGUCAGUCCGAGCAACUCGAGGUCGAGCCCUACGAGCUCAGCCGGGAUUACAGCAGAUCUCUGCCGGGUAGCCGCAGGAGCAGCUUCCAAAGUCAGGGCGGCACUGAUAGCAAACGGGGAAGCAUGUGUGAAGCCGAUGGGCCCGCGGUGUAUUAUAAUCGCGAUCGGCGGCGAAGCUCGUUCACCCGACCGAUGAGAGAUCCGGAAGAGAUCCUGGAGGGUCUACGGGCGUUGAAGGCGACCAAGGGCGAGCUUAACAGGACCAUGAGUCUCUCCGGUGACAAGAGACGCGGCAGCCGGCGGGGUGAGCGCAAAGACAGCGUCAUGGAGAUUCCUGAGAGAUUUUACGAUCGAAAUAGCGAAUCCGACGAAGACGAGAAAUGGAGUCAGUCGACGAGAAAUGAAAAUGGCGUCGAUCUGAAACUAGGUCGCGGACAGUUGUUGCCGAAAGGAUUCAAAAUAAAUAGUGGAACACAGAACGGCGAAGUACAACUGGGCUUCUAUAUAUGCAAGGGAACUCUCGAGGUCGAAGUUAUCUGCGCGAGAGAUAUUUGUCCCGACGAGAAGGAGGAGCCAGAUACUUACGUGAAGACGUACUUGCGAGAACGAGACGGCGACAAGUGGCUGCAGAAGCGCAAAACCCGUGUGGUGCGACACUCGAAGACUCCGCAGUAUCGGCAGACGUUGAAAUACGGACGCUGCGACACCACGCAGGGCAGGCACUUGCUGGUGAUGCUGUGGGAAAAGAAGCAGGGCUUCGAGAGCAACCAGGGACUGGGUGGAGCCGAAGUGGAUCUCGAUCUGCUGCCACCGAAGGAAUUUAUCUUCGAUUGGUAUCCGCUCUUCCCGAUCCACACCCUCGGCACGCACAACGCGGACUCGCCAUGAUGGCUAAGGGAAAAGUGGGCCCUCGAGGCUGGCGAGCUCGACCUCAGAUUGAGCCUUUUGCUCAAGGACGAGGGCGAGUCCGUCGUCAAGAUCAUCUCUUGAUGGAAAUCGUGGCUGAUCACGUGGCAAUUUCGGCUGGCUCGAAUCCAACGCGAUCUCGAUCUCCGCGAGGCAACGGCAGUCUUUAUUAUUACAACAAGUCCUUGAGUGUAGCGACGAGGCUCACGUUGUUCCAGAAGGCAAAUGAAGUACGCGUUCGAUGAAGUUUCAGUCUUUUUGUGUUGUUGCGACUUUUCAUUUUAUGACUUAUAUUUAGAAUAGCGUGCAGAUAAUAUUCAGAAGAACUUUUAUUUCAUUUAAUUAAUAAAGUUAAAUUACGUUAUACACAAAUAUUAAAUAUUAAUCUACAUUCAUAAUUGGCAUUAAGUCGAUUAAUGUAUUUUAAUUGUUACUCAAUCUGAAAAUGCAAACAAAUAAGUAAUGAAUACAUCUGUUAGUCGUUCGAUGAUUUAUUAACAUUUGUAAAUACCAUACAAAUGGUUGAAGAAAGAUAUAUUUCUAAAAUGGGAUAUUAUCGUAAUUUUGUAAUAAAAAAAAUUUGCCUUUUUCUUUUAAUAAAUAAAAUUAAAAUAAAUGUCGCGGAGCAUAAAAAGACUUUAGAUUGCUCAUCGCAAUGUGUAAAAUGAUUUUCAAAAGUAAUAUGAUUAGUUGGUAACACGGGUCGAUCAUACGUCGUAUGACAAAUUUGAUUGAAAGAAAAAGUACGUAGCGUAUAACCGGAAGACAAUCAACUUCAGAAGGCUUAUACAAAUUGUUCAAGAAGACAAUCAAUUUUAAAAAUUGUAAAGAUAUAACACUUCCAUUGAAUUUACGCUUGUGGACGUCAGCGUCAGCGUCGUCGCGUUUUAACUCGGCGAGAUGAAAGAAAAACAAAUACGGUAAGGAAGACAGAUUCAAGAGAACUGAGUUCCUUCGAUUAGCGCCUUUCGAGAUCCGCGAAUGCUUUGUCGCGGUGAUUUUAGCAAUAAAGGUGUACCUGUGUGCAAGUCUUAUUCGCACGAAGCAGCAGGGACAAGGAAUAAAAAAAGGUAUGGAAAGUUUAUUUUUUGACGAUUAACUACAGAAGCAAGUAUUGGAGACAGCCAUGUAUCCUGAUGAAAUGAUAAGGGUCCAUUUUUCCCGAAACAAAUAUAAUGAUUGACAAGAGAGUAUAUAAUAAUGUCGACUGUGCGAAACGAAACUCGAUCGACAUCUGCCGCCGGCGGUGGUCUCAUCUGGUUGAUCCAGUCAGUGAUUCGAUCGAAUUUCGUACGUAUUAAUUCAAAUAUCGAUACUUAAGGGUUAACGGGGACAUAGAUUCCCCGUCUGAUCCUUUUACGCCGACGAGACGCUUUCAGGAUUCGCGUUUCUAUUCAAGGUAGAUAUUAUUAUGGAUUUAGAACAUAGAAAUUUGUAGUUAUAUACAUAGUAAAUAAUUAUAAUCCUUUUAUUCUUCCUUAAUAAUUGAUAUAUAUAUUUUGAAUUGCAUUCACUUCCGUUCUUGCAUUCUCAUUAUAUAUAAAUAUAAAUUUGUACAAAUAUAUUAUAUUAACGUGAUAACGUAAAUUAUAAAAUAUGCAUUAUUAUAAAAUAAUCUCAAACUAUAAGGGUUCAGAAUUUUUUUUCUGUACACGUAGCGCGUUCCAAAAAAGUGAUGACUAUGGGAAAAAAGAAAACAGAAAACAGCCGAAUUAAAUGGAACGCCUCGAUCGGCGUAGCUAUUUAAUGCUUUAACUAUUUAAUAGACAAUCGUUUCAAGGCUCGCUGGCCGAGCCGAUGACAUAAAAAGAUGAGUAAGUAGCUCGAGGUGGUGGCGAGAUGAGCGGAUGAAUUCCCGGAGGUAAACUUCGCGGCCAACUUGAAUAAUACCCAACCAAACUCGGUGUUUAGAAGUCGCACAAUUUUUGUAGCUCGUAGACUGAUAGCGGGACGUACAGGCGGAUUUCUUCGACGUAUUCCCAGGUGUAAUACUGACGUCCCGUUUUGCCUAGCGUCUCGAGAAUCACUAUGACUCCGCGAAGCAAGUUUGAUUUGGCCACGAGGAAAGAAAGAAAAAGAAAAA